AUGGCCUCCAAGCGUGUUUUCGUCGAAGAGGAUUUCUCUUGUCCUGUAUGUUGUGAUGUCUUCAAGUAUCCUGUUAUCAUGACAUGUAGUCACAGUGUGUGUAAAGUCUGUCUGCAGCAGUUCUGGGAAUCUAAAGGACACCAAGAAUGUCCUAUCUGCAGGAAAAGAUUCACAAAUUCAAGUCCACAACUUAACUUGGUCUUAAAGAACCUGUGUGAGAUCUACUCACAACAGAGAAGUCAGAGAGCUUCAGCAGGGUCUGAGGUGCUCUGCAGUCUGCACAGUGAGAAACUCAAGCUCUUCUGUCUGGAGGAUAAACAGCCUGUGUGUCUGGUGUGUCGAGACUCAAGGGAACAUAAGAAUCACAACUUUAGUCCUGUUGUUGAGGUCAUCUGUGAUUAUAAGAAGGAACUGAGGACACAGUUGGCCAAGCUGGAAAAAAAUAUGAAGAAACAUAAAGAAACUAAACUAACUAGUGAUGAAACAGCGAAACACAUUAAGACACAGGCCCUAACCACAGAGAAGCAGAUCAAGGAGGAGUUUGAGAAGCUUCACCAGUUUCUACGAGAUGAAGAGGCAGCCAGGAUAGCUGCACUGAGGGAGGAAGAGGAGCAAAAGAGUCAGAUGAUGAAGGAGAAGAUUGAGAAGAUGUACAGGGUGAUCGCAUCUCUCUCAAAUACAAUCACUGUUCUAAAAGAGCAGCUAAAUGCUGAUGACAUCACAUUCUUGCAGUGCAUGUUGUGUCAGCAAGAAAAAAACCCAUUCUGUUUCUUUGUUACUCUCCAGAACUACAAGAGCACACAGUGCACACGGCAGGAUCCAGAGAGGGUUUCAGGAGCUCUGAUCAAUGUGGCAAAGCACCUGGGCAACCUGAAGUUCAGAGUCUGGGGGAAGAUGCAGGAGACUGUUCAAUACACUCCUGUGACUCUGGAUCCCAACACUGCAAAACCCAAUCUCAUCCUGUCUGAGGAUCUGACCAGUGUGAGAUGUGGUGAUGAGGAGAAGCAUCUUCCUGAUAACCGAGAGAGGUUUGAUAAGUGGGCCAGUGUCCUGGGCUCUGAGGGCUUUAACUCAGGGACUCACUGCUGGGAUGUGGAGGUUGGAGAGAACACACAGUGGAAUGUGGGUGUGAUGACAGAGUCUCUCCAGAGGAAGGGAGACAUAUCCUCCAUCAGUGGACUGUGGUGUGUGGGGUAUUAUGGUGCUGAAUAUAAAGCACGCACUACUCCUCAGCCCCCCACUCUCCUCACAGUGCAGCAGAAACCCCAGAGGAUCAGAGUGCAGCUGGACUGGGACAGGGGAGAGCUGUCAUUCUCUGACCCUGAUAAUAACACACACAUACACACUUUCACACACACUUUCACUGAGAGAGUGUUCCCAUACUUAGGUGUUGGUAGGGUGUCUCCUUUGAAGAUGUUACCAGUGAAGGUCUCAGUUAGAGUAGAGCAGCCCAGUUAGAGCUGAUAGUGUCUCUGUGUGGACCAGAACUGAUCAGCAUGAGGAGAUGAAUCAGUUAGAGGAGACUCUGAGAGAAAACACCACUCUGGACUGAGAGAAAUCACCAGCAUCAGACACACUGACUUUUUUUUUUUGUAAUUAUCAGGUUUAUGUAUGAUU